CUCUACAAGGACGUCAUGAUGGACAAUCAGCCGCCCCUCACAUCACCGGAUGGAUCCAGUCAUGGGAACCCACCAGAGAGAUGUCCCCGUCCUUUGUAUUCUCAGGAUUCCACACAGGAAGAUCACACCAUCCCUCACCAUCAUCAGGGCGAAGAACUGAAAGACAUAAAAGCUGAGAUUAAAGAGGAAGAAGAGGAGAUGUUGGUGAGUGGAGAUCAGCAGUCUAUGGAGGAGGGGGAAAUGAUUAUGAAAAGUAAACAGGAGGAACCUUCUCUACAUAUGGACACAAAUGGAUCCAGUAAUGGGAACCCACCAGAGAGAUGUCCCCGUCCUCUGUAUUCCCGGGAUUCCACACAGGAAGGUCACACCAUCCCUCACCAUCAUCAGGGUGAAGGACCGAAAGACAUCAAAGCUGAGAUUAAAGAGGAAGAAGAAGAAACCUUGGUGAGUGGAGCUCAGCAGUCUAUAAAGGAGGGGGAGAUGAUUAUGGAAAGUAAACAGAAGGAAUCCUCUGUUUUUAUAUCAACACAGAUGGACUCUAUGCAUCUCCGGAUUGUGAUGUCAAACAAUUUUCUCCAGGACUAAAUCUUAUUCCUCACAAUAUACACCACAGUCCAUAUCGUAUGGAGAUAACAAGAGAUCGCUCUAAUCCUGAGGGACCUCCUGAUCAGUAUACUCUUACAUCAGGCAACCAACUCCCGUCAGCAGAGCCUUCACUGUCCUGUUUGGAGUGUGGAAAAUCAUUUAAAAUCAAAUCUGAACUUCUUCUUCAUCUCAAGUCUCACAUCUGCCUGACUUUUUCAUGUUCAGAGUGUGGGGAAUGUUUCAGUGAGAAUAGAGAGCUUCUAAAACACCAGAGCAAACACGUAGGUGAGCAUUCCUUCUCAUGUUCCGAUUGUGGGAAGUGUUUCACUCACAAAAGAAGCCUUCUAAGCCACCAGAGAAUUCACACAGGUGAGCGUUCUUAUUUAUGUUCGGAGUGUGGGAAGUGUUUUACUUCUAAAGGAUACCUACUAAACCACCAGAGGAGUCACACAGGGGAAGGUUCGUUUUCAUGUUCAGAGUGCGGGAAAUGUUUUACCGUCAAAGGAAACCUUCUAAAACACCAAAGAAUUCACACAAGUCAACGUUCUUAUUCAUGUUCAGAGUGCGGGAAAUGUUUUACCCACAAAGGAAACUUUCUAUAUCACCAGAGAAUUCACACAGGCGAGCGUCCUUAUUCAUGUUCAGAGUGUGGGAAAAGUUUUACUCGCAACACAACCCUUCAAAGACACCAGAGAAUUCACACAAAGGAGCCUCCUUAUUCAUGUUCAGAAUGCGGGAAAUGUUUCACUGCGAAAGAUAAACUUCUUACACACCAAAGAAGUCACAUGAGCGAGCGCACAUUCUCAUGUGCAGAGUGCGGAAAAUGUUUCACUAGUAACGAAGGCCUCAUUAGACACCAGAAAAAUUCACAUGAGUCAGGGUCUUUAUUCGUGUCCAGAAUGUGGAAAAUAUUUCCGUCGGAAAAUACAGCUUCUAAGACACAAGAUAAUUCACACUGGUGAUUAUCCUUAUUCAUGUUCAGAGUGUGGGAAAUGUUUCACUGUGAAAGGAGACCUUCUUAUACACCAGAGAAUUCACACGGGUGAGCGCCCUUAUUCCUGUUCGGAGUGCGGGAAGUGUUUUAUUGCGAAAAGAAACCUUCUUACACACCAGAAAAUUCACACGGUGAGCGUCCUUAUUUAUGUUCAGAGUGCGGGAAAUGUUUCACCGGAAAAGGAAAACUUCUUAUACACCAGAGAAGCCACACAGGUGAGCGUCCUUACUCGUGUUCAGAGUGCGGGAAAUGUUUCACUGUGAAAGAUAGCCUUCUCAGACACCAGAGAAGUCACACAGGCCACCGGCCUUAUGCGUGUUCAGAGUGCGGGAAAUGUUUCACCGUGAAAGGAAAGCUUCUUAAACACCAGAGAUGUCACACAGGAGAGCGUCCUUAUUCAUGUUCAGAGUGCGGGAAAUGUUUUAGGCGUAAAAGUCAUGUAACGAGACAUCAAAGUACGCAUACUUGA